UAAUUGGAAUUAUUUUUAGAAGUGGCAGUUCACCGCUUUUCUCAUUUCAUGUAGAAGUCACAUAAUGGACGACGAAGAAUGUGAAGUACCUUUUCAUGCGAUGGGACUGGACGAUAGAGUUCUUCAGUCCAUUGCAAACCUUGGCUGGUCAAAUCCAACCCUAAUCCAGGAAAAAGCUAUCCCACUAGCUUUAGAAGGAAAAGAUAUUUUAAUCCAGGCUAAAACUGGAUCUGGAAAAACUGCUGCUUUUGCAAUCCCUAUCAUUCAGAAGAUUUUAUUGUCAAAACAAUCAGCCCUUGAGCAGUCAGUGAGAGCCAUAGUUGUAACACCAUCUAAACAGCUCUGUGCACAAGCCUGUAAAGUUAUAAAGGAACUCAGUGAUUGUUGUGCGACAGAAAUCCAGUGUGUUGAUAUCAGUCCUAAAGAACCACUUCCUGUUCAAAAGCCUAUUUUAAUGGAAAAACCUGAUAUUGUUGUUGGCACACCAUCAAGAAUUCUUGCUCAUAUUGGUGUAAAUAACUUAUUUCUAAAGGACAGCAUGGAAUUUCUGGUUAUUGAUGAAGCAGACCUACUUCUAGCAUUUGGUUACAUCAAUGAUAUGAAAGCUUUACUCAAGCAUUUCCCCAAAAUUUAUCAAUCUCUUUGGGUCACUGCAACACUGAAUACUGACAUCAACACUUUGAAAAAGAUGAUAUUGCAUAAUGCUGUGGUUUUGAAACUUGAAGAACCUCAGAUACCAGAACACUUAAUGCAAUAUCACAUUAUGGUGGAAGAUGAUGACAAAUAUGCUUUGAUGUGUGCUCUGUUCCAACUGAAGUUAAUUCGUGGAAGAUCCUUAAUAUUUGUCAACACAAUUGAUGAGUCCUACAGAUUGAAAAUGUUCCUGCAGCAAUUUGGAAUAAAAUCUUGUAUACUUAAUAAUGAGAUGCCAUUAAGUUCUCGAUGUAACAUAGUAGAUGAAUUCAACAGAGCAGUAUAUGAUAACAUAAUAGCUACUGAUGAACAGAUUUUUGAAGAUGAUGCUGAAGACACUAAAAAGAAAACAAAAAAGGGAAAUGAUGGCUGUGGUGUUUCACGAGGUGUUGAUUUCUACAAUGUCUCAAAUGUUGUCAACUUUGACUUCCCAGAAUCUGUGAACGCUUAUAUUCAUCGCAUUGGAAGAACUGCUCGUGCUAAACAGAAAGGUACAGCUUUAUCAUUUGUAAAUAGUAAAGAGAAGGAGAUCUUUGACGAAGUCAAGCAAGUUAUAAUACAAGAAUCAGGAGAUAGUGGAAGCCAUUUUAAACCAUUCAACUUCAAUAUGAAGAGAAUUGAAGGUUUUCAGUACAGAUCAAAAGAUGCAUUGAAUGUCUGCACAAGAAAAGCUGUCAAAGAAGCAAGACUGAAAGAAAUUCGACAAGAAGUCCUAAAUUCCAAGAAAUUAAAUUCAUUUUUCCAAGCUCAUCCAAGGGAUAAAGAAGUUUUACAUCAUGAUGCAAAAUUACAAUUUUCUCAAAAAUGUUUGAAGCUAGAAAAUGUUCCUGAUUAUUUAGUACCUACAACACUUAAAAAUUCUAUAAAUAAUUCACCUGGUGUCAAAAAAAUACAACCAAUUUCUCACCAACGGACUUCAAAGAAAAAGAAGAGAAAAUACCAAGCUGACCCAUUAAAGAACUUUACAUUAAGUUCUAGCAAAAAGAAAAAACAUAAAAAAUAUUGAUAUUCAGAAAACAAUGACUUCAAUAAAACAUCUAUUCAAUUUUCAUUA